UACUGGUCGUGCUCACUCAAAAUGGAUUCAUCAUGAGAGCCCACGAGAAGUAGCAGCCUUUCCUUUUCUACCUGCCUUGCGAGUCGAUGUCCCAUUCUUAAAACUUGCAGGUGCAUGGGAAACAUUAACAGCCUCAAGUCCAAAUUAUUUACUCGAGCUAGAUACCUCGAAUGAUCGAUUUUCUGGCUUCAAUUGCCCUCGCAAAACUAGGUGUAGCUGUACAGGAGUUUUGAGCCAAAGAGCUUCAUGCAGAUCGAUCGCUUUGGUUAGGCUUCCACUAAAAUUUUCGACUCACACUCGGUACAGCGCCAUCAAACUGAGAACAAGUCCCCAGAACUUUGUCUGAACGGUGCGGGCAAAAUGGGAGAUGCACAAACCCAAACCUUUACCAGUCCCGAUGGUCUGCGCGUGGCCGUCCAUGGAUGCGGUCACGGUGUUCUUAACGCAAUCUAUGCCGCUGUCGCAAUCUCUUGCAAGGAGCGUGGCUGGGACACGGUCGACCUCCUCAUCAUCGGGGGUGACUUUCAGGCCGUUCGCAACGCCGCCGAUUUGUCCGUCAUGUCAUGUCCGGUCAAAUACCGUACGAUAGGUGAUUUUCACGAGUACUACUCGGGCUCCCGCACCGCGCCUUACCUGACCAUCUUUGCGGGCGGUAACCACGAAGCUGCCUCUCAUUCCUGGGAGCUCUUCUACGGCGGCUGGGUGGCUCCGAACAUUUACUAUCUGGGCCCUGCCAAUGUGGUACGCCUUGGUCCGCUGCGUAUUGCUGCCCUGGGAGGCAUCUGGGCCGGCUACGACUACCGCAAGCCCCACCACGAAAGAUUGCCCUUUAGCGAGUCCAACAUAAAGAGCUUCUACCACGUAAGGGAGAUGGACGUCCGGAAGCUGUUGCAGAUUCGCACCCAGGUCGACAUUGGUCUCAGCCACGACUGGCCUCGUGCGGUUGAGAGGCACGGAGACGAAGGUGCUCUGUUUAGGAAAAAGCCCUUCCUCCGGGAUGAGUCCAAGGCUGGCACGCUGGGAAAUCCCGCUGCUACGUAUGUCAUGGAUCGACUUCGCCCGGCAUACUGGUUUGCGUCUCAUAUGCACUGCAAAUUUGCUGCACUCAAGGUUUACACCGAUGAACCCCCAACGGAGGAUGAUGGUGUUGAGGCACACAAGAUCGACCAUGGCCCUGUCGCUCAAGCGAAGGAUCUGACGGCUGAGGCUUCAGCCCCUACGAUCGAAAAUCCUGACGAAAUCGACUUGGAUAUGGACGAUAAUGAUGAUGCUGCUGGAGCGGGAGCAGCAGCAGCAGCAUCGACUUCUACAAAUGGCGAGACGGCAGCAGCAAAGGAUGUUGUUAGCGAAAACACUUCCAAUGGAAAAGUGGUCAAUCCGGAUGCAAUUGAUCUGGACCUAGACGACGACGAAGCCCAAGAUACAGCACCAGGAGCACCCGGGGGUCAGCCAGAAGAAGACGGGGAAGGAAAAGCAAAACCACUAUCCACAGAGAAGGCCACGAAUGAAAAUAAUACCACAACUACUGCAGCCAGCUCCUUUAUCAGUCAAGAUAUCCGGAACCAACUGCCGGCAUCCUUCGCUCCUCCUCCUCAACAAGCUCCAACCGAAUCCAGGGCGAAGCGCACGCCAGGCCAGCCUGUACCCGAAGGCAUCACCAACAAAGAGGUUCGCUUCCUGGCUCUUAGCAAAUGCCUUCCUGGUCAUGACUUUCUUCAACUUUGCGAUAUAAGCCCCUUGGACCGAUCAUCAACCGGCUCAUCCAACGAUACUCCGCCCAAGUACAGGUUAGAGUACGAUCCUGAAUGGCUGGCUAUCACACGCGUCUUCGCGUCAGAACUGAUCAUUGGAGACUCUAACGCGACUGCGACUACCGACUUGGGCGAGGAACACUACAAGCCUUUGAUCCAAGCCGAGCGCACCUGGGUCGAAGAGAACAUUGUGGCCAAGGACAAGCUGGCAAUCCCGGAAAACUUUGUCAUCACCGCACCCCCUCAUAUUCCUGGUCAGCCUGAAGGCGUACCGGAACAACCAGAUGAGUAUACGAAUCCCCAAACGUCAGCAUUCUGUGAGCUGCUAGGCGUUAAAAACCUAUGGAACGCAACGGAUGAGGAGCGCUUGGAGAGAAAGAACCAAGGCCCCCCUCCGGACCAAGGAGGCUUCCGCGGUGGCCGCGGCGGUGGUUCAGGGGGUGGCAGAGGUGGUAGAGGCGGGUUUGGAGGACGAGGACGAGGUGGCCGAGGCGGUCAAGGUGGUGGGGGCCGAGGUAGAGGAUUCCGUGGCGGACAUGGUGGAAGAGGCCGUUACUAAGAAGGUAGGAUAAGCUUCUCUGUACAGCAUCAUGGGACGGAUGCAAGUUGUGGCGGGAGUGCCUCUGUUGUACGAGCUUGCUACACAUGAUGGUUUAUGAUGAUGCCCAUGUCUUGCGAGAUUACUACAUUGCAUGUGCGCUGUCUGCAUCGAGAACAAUGCGCUGGCUGGUGCUAAUGUUUACGCAGCGGAGUUUGGUAUGAAAGCAAAGAAGCAGAGAUGAAUGACUGGAACAAAGAUAGCAAGCUAAUAGUUCGUUGUGGCAAGCCUAAACAACUUAGAGCAAAGUCAAUUCGGUAAAGCAACGAACCCAAUUAUACCAUCCGCAGCAUUCUUACAUUCUAACAAGUUCAUUGGCAUGCCGAAACCAGGGAAUAACAAAACCGCAACUCAAAUACAAAUGAUUCCAUCCCUUCAAGCCAUGAAUUCGAAAUCCCACCAUAUUUACCUACCAGUGAGAGUGCCAGCCCCCGGCUCCUGGGACAGGCUCAUCAAAAGGGUUCGGAGA